UCAGCCUUUAUUCAUUUGCUAAAACACUGAUGAAAGCAUGAGCAUUAAGCACGUUGUGACAAAUUUAGUUGUCUUUUUUGGCUCCCUUCACUUGAUCAGCAACUGUAUUUGUUGUGGUUUAUAUUCCAGUUGUGCGACGUGUAAAACAACAGAAAAUCAACAUCAACUUGUACAGUGUGACACGUGUCAUCAUCAUUAUCAUCUUGGAUGUGUCGAUCCACCUCUAACACGCAUGCCCAAGCGCUCAGCCAAGUGUUUGUGGCAAUGUUCGGAGUGUGACCCAAGUGAAGAUGAUGGAGAAAUGGAAGUAGAUCCACAGGACACCACACCCAUCUCUCAAGCACGCCACAGACGAGUCAUCAAAGAGCCAAGCAAAUUUACUCCUGACAAGGGAGAGGCAAAAAAGCGAAAACUGAAGACAGCUAAACGGNACAAUCAUAAGACACAUGAACUGUGUUGUCCUACAUUUGCAGCCAGCUUGCACAGAACAUGGUGA